AUGAGUGCAACGGUCACUUCCUUGCGACCGCUGCCACUCUCCUCACUCAUCCUCUCGACUUCGUCCCGCUCCUUGGUCAAACAAGCGAGCUCGUCCGCUUUCCGAGAUAGCAUUGCGGGAACUCUCGUGCGGCAGGGACAUCUACUGCACCUGCGCGGUGGACGAUUCAGGGCCGUUCAGGCUGAACCAGUCCUGCAAGGUCAGGUUGAGAGGACCACUCAGGUGCUGGUGGUGUUUGAUGCCAACUUCGAUGACGAAGAGGGAAAAGCAGGGCGAGAGGAGUCAUUGCAGGCAGAUGCGGAGGAGGACGUGGGCGAGGCUCGUGCGGGCCUUUCGAUCGAUGAGCGCUUCUUGGCCAACUCAGUUAUCGAGGAGUUUCACGAGCAAGAUGAAGACGGAUCACAUCAGAUCGCUUCCGCGGCAGUGAAUGGCUACCCCGAAGCUCGAGAUCACGACGCUACCCUAGAGGCUUGGCCGAUCGCGAAUCGCCAAGCCCUUACGGAGCCGAUCAGCGAAUGGCAAAGUCGUCAGGACGGUCUAUGCGAGGUGGACGAGGAGAGCGCAAUUCUUCUCUCGGAGGAGAGACUGGCUGCCAUUGGAGGUUUCGACGGCGAUUGGGCCGUCAUCGAGAUUGCAGGACAAGCAAGACCGCGCCUCGCUCGGAUAUUCACCACCUCACAUUCCUCUUCCCGAGCCUACCUCCCUCCGUCACUCCUGCAAAAUCUUCAUGACCCUGCGACAUACGCCCCAAAUCCACGGGCCUCGCCUCGCCUUCUCAUGUCCCCAAUCUCUCAGGCUCGAGCGUCGGUCGCAGGGCCAUCUGCCCCCCUCUCAUGCCCUCUCCCAAUCCCAUUCGCCGACUCACUUACAAUCGCACGAGUGCCGUCAGCUCUCUCGGUCAACCGCACCUACCAGCCACUAUUCCUCGACGCCCUGAGGCAGUACUUUGAAGGGAGGAAGAGGAUCGUGAGAGAAGGUGACAUCAUUGCGGUGGGGGUGGACAAGGGAAAGGUGCGAUGGGUCAAGCAAAAGAGUACAGACGAUGAGGGAAAGGAAGGGAAAGAUCAGGAGACGCAGCAGGAUGAGGAGCCCGUCGACUUCAACCUCUCAUCAGUAUCCUCACGCAACGCCGCCCCAACAGACGUUGUUCACUUCCACGUCUCCUCCCUGACGGCCGAGCUCAACUCUCCGCCAUCCGACACUGCCCGCGACCCGGACUUCGAAGUGCGAGAGGCGGCUCGCAUCGGCACCCUAGGGGCAGUCGUCGAUCCCAGCCUAACGAAGAUGGUCCAAACAGGUGUCACCGGUCGUCGAGUAGCGGACAGCUCUGGCUGGCUCGGUCUUGCCUCUUCGACUCCACCGCUCCCCAGUGGCAACACCCCACUCUCCUCACCCGGAUCCCCCUUUGCCCGGCUAUGCCAGCUCAUCUCCGCCACACUCCUCCCGUCCGCAGCAAACUACGGGCUUCACCUCUCCGUACUCCUCAAAGGGGCCCGUGGCUCCGGGAAAAAGACGGUCGUCCAAUGGGCAGCCAAGCAGACGGGCGUGCACUUGAUUGAUGUCAAUUGCUUCGACGUGCUGGGAGACAGUGACACGCAUACGGAGGGAGUGCUACGCGCACGGUUCGAGGCAGCAGCCUCUUGUGGGCCAGCCAUCCUGCUGCUACGGAACAUUGAUGCAUUGGCGAGGAAGAGCCAGCAGAUGGAGACUGGCCAGGAGCCAGCAAUGAGCAAUGUGCUGAGGGAUUGUAUGCGCAAGCUGCGGGAAGGACGCACUAAAGGUGAUGGGGUAGUAUCUGUCUUUGGCACGACGAGCGACGCGGAUAAGGUGCCGAAUGGCAUUCUUGCGGCCUUCAAGCACGAGGUGGCCAUUGAAGCGCCUAAUGAGGCGAAGCGCUUAGAGAUGUUGCAAUCUGCUGUCGCGGGGUCGACUCUGAGCCCAGACGCAAGCUUGAAGGACAUGGCGACGCAAACGGCCGCUCUCGUAGCUGCGGAUUUGGUCGACCUGAUCUCACGGGCACGCCUGGCAUCGACAGAGCGAGUGCGCAAAGCCCUCGCCACCUCUCGAGCAAGCGCGCGCGACAUCCAGCUCUCUGGCUCUUCUCUCACCGGCGCAGAUUUCUCUCUCGCCCUCUCCUCGGCCCGCUCCAAUUACUCCGAGUCAAUCGGCGCCCCUAAAAUCCCCUCGGUGACGUGGGACGACGUUGGUGGCCUUGCAUCCGUCAAGCACGAUAUCCUCGACACGAUCCAGCUGCCACUCGAGCAUCCCGAACUCUUCGCCUCUGGUCUCAAGAAGCGAAGUGGUAUCCUUCUUUACGGCCCACCUGGAACGGGAAAGACAUUGCUGGCCAAGGCUGUUGCAACGAGCUGCUCGCUCAACUUCUUCAGUGUCAAGGGCCCAGAGCUGCUCAACAUGUACAUCGGAGAGAGCGAGGCCAAUGUGCGUCGCGUCUUCCAACGAGCCCGCGACGCCAAGCCAUGCGUCAUCUUCUUCGACGAGCUCGACAGUGUAGCGCCGAAGCGUGGCAACCAAGGUGACUCUGGAGGCGUCAUGGACCGUAUCGUCUCUCAGCUCCUCGCAGAGCUGGACGGCAUGUCCUCCGGUGGCGGGUCAGGUGGAGGAGACGUAUUCGUCAUCGGCGCGACGAAUAGGCCCGACCUGCUGGACCCGGCACUCUUGCGCCCGGGCAGGUUCGACAAGAUGCUCUAUCUCAGCGUGAGCGAGACGCAUGCUGCGCAGCUCAACAUUCUCGAAGCUCUUACGCGCAAGUUCCGCCUCGAGGACGACGUGCGAGAUUUGGGGGUUAUUGCAGAGCAGUGCCCCUUUAACCUCACUGGUGCAGACUUUUAUGCUCUGUGCUCAGACGCGAUGCUCAAGGCCAUGACGCGCAAAGCGGGAGAAGUCGAUGAGCGCAUCAGAGCGAUCAAUGCUGGAGAUGUGCAGGUGGAUGAAAAGCAUCCCAAGCCCAUGACUGCGCCUUACUAUCUUUCAGAGCUUGCUAGUCCGGAGGAGAUCAACGUUCGCGUCAAUAGGCGCGAUUUCGAGGAGGCGUUGAGGGAGUUGGUUCCCAGCGUUAGUGAGGCGGAGAUGGAGCAUUAUAGACGGGUGCAGGGGCAAUUCUCUGGACCGCCGAAGGACGAGGCAAAGGUAGAAGAAGACGAGCAGAAGGGGAGGCAGCAGGAGGAGGAGAGGAAUGGCAUGCUUGCAGGGCUGCUUGAGGCGGCGAGGAGCGGUGCAGGUGCUGAUGGGAGCGGGUCGAGAUCUGCUGAAGCUGCUGGACAUAGCGGACCGACUAGAGCACCUCUUGAGCCGUACAUGGUACCCCAAGAGCCUGCCGGUGAAGGCCAGGGGGUGGAAGCCGUCGUCUCACCGCCUCACCCGCCAGCGAUGAUGAAUGGGCAGGCGGAGAACGGGAAGGGAAAGGGUAAGGGCAAGGGCAAGGGCAAAGCAAAGGCGCAGGAUUGA